AUGACAGCGGUGAAGAGUUUCAUGUCUAAAGAGUGGAAUUUUGUGAAGCUUCCAUUGAUGUUCUUCAAUGAUGAAGGCUACUUUAUCUUGAAAUUCAAGACUGAGAAGGAGCGUGAGGAAGUGAUGCUCAAAGGUCUGUAUACCAUUCGUAAUAUGCCUAUGGGUGAGAAUAGCUUGGGGAAGAUAGGGAGUGUCAUUGGUACUUCGUUAUUCACUGACGAGUGCAUAGCAGAAAUAGUUAUAAAAUACGAGGGAAAGGAUAUGAAGCAAAAAGUGGAAUAUGAAUGGCGUCCUCAGUUUUGUGAACGAUGUCAAAAGAUGGGGCUUGUGUGCCCCAAAGAUAAGAAGCCUAAAGUCAAAAUGUGGCAACCAAAAGUAGUCUCAGAAAAAGGGAACACAAGCCAAAUGAGCAUGAAUGAUGUUAUGGAGGCUAGUUGCGAUUCAGGGGAUGCUAGUGAGGAAAUAAAAGUGAACGAAGAUGAGGGCUUCUGGACUGAAGUUGUUAAAGGCAAUAGAGAAAGAGGUAAGCUUCCAGUUGAAACAGUGAAAAAUAUAUUCAGAAGCAAUGGCUUUGGCUCCUUAGUAGUUUGGAAUGAGUCUAAGGUGCACCCCAUUGGGGUCCCAUGA